AUGUUCACCCUCCGCACCGUCCUCCGCGCCCCCGGCGCCAUACGCCAGUUUGUGGCUCAUCGAUCAAUCCUCGGAGCUGCGUCGCUUCGUCCUUUCUCGCACAUGAUACAGACUAGCCUUACAAAACUGCGUGUAUCUCAAUCACAGACCAACAGUGCAGUUGGUGUUAGCGGCGUCUCUGCCCGCCAAAUUGAACAGAUUCGGGGUAUGAAGACUCGGUCUUCGGUCAAGCGACUUUGCGAUGGUUGCAAGCCCGUUCGAAGAAAGAACCGUGUUUUUAUCAUCUGCUCUAAAAACCCCAAGCACAAGCAACGUCAAGGGAAAUAG